AAAUGGGCCAGCGGGUCCAAUCAUUAUGUGAAACAUUCAGAUAAUUACCAUCGAUUUGCAUUAGAUAGUCGCAGAAUGGAUUCUCGAUUCGGUCGAGGGGGAAAUGGGAAUGAUUCCAGAUACCGAGGAUACAGUCGCUCUCGAUCCCGAUCUCGGGAAAGGAGCCGGGAGCGUGGUGCUUACAGGCGACGAGCUUCCAGGUCCCGAAGCCGAGAGAGGUAUUCCCAUCACAGGCAUGGACAUAGUCCGGACCGCGAUCUCUACCGGGAUCUCAUCGACGACGACUACAAAGAUGAAGAGCGUCCGACAUCCCGGAAAACCUUCGAGCGCCAGAAUUAUAACGAGGACUCCCAGGAUCACCGAGAUCAUGAUCAGCAAAAGAGGCGUGACACGUCAUGGAGUCAUGAUGGAGAUUCUAGGAACCGGAACAACGACGAUUACGAAAAAGAUUCUGAACGCGGAAGUUACAGAGGUCGCAGUGGCAGCAACGGCAACCGAGCUCAGGGGAAGGAGCGUGAAUCUCACUAUUCUUCGGAUGACAGUGAAGGCACUGAUGAGGUACCAGGCCGGAUGUGGCCGCACAAUGGGCAAAGCACCGAAGCUCUUAACAAUAUAAUCAUUUUCGGUCUGAAUAAACACAUCACGGAAGCAGAUAUUAUGGCCGAGCUUGUCAAAGUUAACCUACAACCGGCUUCGAUACGUGUCAUGAGGAAGAAACCAACAGGUGCCUCACGCUGUUUUGCAUUUGUCGAGUUUAAAACCGUUGAGGAAGCGAAACAAUGGAUGGAUAUAACUCAGGGUGUGCUCCAGUUGGGCGACAAUCGCGUAGCCAUGCAGUACAGCCACAAUCGAACCUCGGAUUGGACUUGCAUAAAGUGUGGUGCUAGCAACUUUAAGAGACGUUUCCAGUGCUAUAUGUGCAGCGCCGCACGGUCUGAGAGCGAGAAUUCUUUCUCCGCAGCAAGCGAGGGCAUCGACGAAGUCAGCCGCAUCCUCACAAAAAAGAUUAUGCUCCGCAACCUGGACGCGCUAACAAAUGAGGAGGGCGUGCUAACUGCCCUCCAAAAGCAUUUGCCCAAACUGGCCAAAACAGUCAGCAAGUUGGUGAUCAGUAGGGACACCUUGACCCAGGCAUCUAGGGGUAUCUGCUAUUUGCACUUUGACACCCUCGUAGACUCGAUGGAAGUGUUUAAUGGGCUGACGACGUUGGACCCGCCUCUGAAACUGGAUGAUAGAGAGGUUAUCAUAACGUAUUGUAUUGACAUCGAAGACCGUAAAGUAAUUCCUACUGACCUGAAUUCUAAUGCCUACAAGUCCUUUGGCCACAUUGCAGCAGUGGCACCUUCUGGAGUCACAGGCAACUACACCAUGGAAGAUGUUCCACGGCUAGCAGAGUAUAGUGCUUCUCUUUAUGCCACUAAUCCAGCUGAGCACACCUACUUUUUUCAAUACUAUUCUGAUUAUUAUACCGCUGAAAUCCGAAAACACAGUAAUCCAGUUGAUCCCAACUUGACAGAGGCCAACUCUGGAGCAGCUGUGGCUCUCUCCGCAAUGCAGCGCAACCGGAAGAGGAACUUUGAGCCAGUGACCUCGGCUCCAGCUUUGCCGAAGGCCGAAGUGAUCGUUGCCCCCAGGGGAAACGAUGGAAAAGUGUACCCUACUCCCGAUGUGUCCAAGUACCAGUUUGACGAGACUUCUGGUUAUUAUUACGACGCCACUACUGGCCUUUACUACGACGCCCACUCGCAGUAUUACUACAAUAAUGAGACGGGCGCCUAUCUCUACUGGGACCAAAAGAGGCGAACCUACGUUCUGGCUACGCCAGCCUCCACGCAGGCAGCUCUGCAAGAGGUUAUCGCGGAGGCGGAGGCUAAAGAGGAGGAGGCCAGGAAGGCCAAAGAGAAGGAGAAGGAAAAGGAGGGUGGCAAACAAGACAAAGUUAAGGUAGCCAAGAAGAUCGUGAAGGACAUGGAGAAGUGGGCCAAGCAGCUCAAUCAGAAAAAAGACUAUACGCCGGUGGUCGCGCCGCAACCCGUACUGGAAGGAAGCGAAUGUCCCAGCACUUCUCGAUCUACACCAGGGGUGUAUGCUGAUGUGGGAUUUUCGAUACUUGAGAAAAAGGAACGAGCGAAGGGCGCCGAAGGUGCAGCACAACCUGUUACUCCUGUAAUCACUAAGCUGGUGAAUGCCUAUGGGGGAGCUUCGGAUUCGGAGGAGGACAAUACAGGAGCUAAUCAGAGCUCACAAACAUUGGCUGGAACAGGGGGACGUGGUUUUGAAGAGACAGACUACGUCGAUUUUCAAAAACUUACCUGUCUGCUUUGCAAGCGUGCCUUUCAAUCACAGGAUAUACUCCAGAAACAUUUAAAAAUGUCAAAUCUUCAUAAGGAGAAUCUAGCGAAGCUGCAACCAAAUCAAGGAGGAGCUAACAACGAUGAGGGCUUCUCCUACCGUGACCGGGCCAAGGAACGGAGAUUGAAGUAUGGAGAGAGUGAUCCUCCGCCUCCGAACCAUAGCCGAGAGCGCUUCGAGCAGCAGAUAAAGACCCUCCAGUCCUCCUCCAGUGUGGCUGCCACUGCAUCCUUGCCCAUCAGCUCGAGCAACGUGGGUAGUCGUCUGAUGCAGAAAAUGGGCUGGUCAGAGGGUCAGGGACUGGGUAGAAAGAAUCAGGGUCGUACUCAAAUAGUUGAGGCUGAGGGACGAAGCAACAAUGUGGGCCUGGGAAACAAGUCGGGUAAACUGACUCCUGGCGAUGACUACAAAUCCUACAUCAAGAAGAUGAUGAGGCAGCGCUAUGAUAAUGCUUGAGCCUUUCAAUCUAGUGGCUUAUUAAUAAUUUUUCUUAGAUAUAUGUAGAAUUAUUUAGGCAGUGGUUACCUCACCUACCUUUAGUUUUUUUUUUAGAAUGUGUUUUGAAGUUAAAAUGUAAAUAUUAAAUAAAAAAUG